UUCGAGGUAGAUCUUAGAAACUGCCGUUUAUUUUAUGUAAAUGGCCUUUUACAUUGUCACGUGUUAUGGGAGCCUUUUCGAGGCAGUCGCCAAAUGCAUGGAUUGCUGCCAGAGUUGCUGUGGAGUGGGCCGCAAGGUGAAGUGGAUGCACGGGAGCAAGUGAUUAGGGUUUCACAAUUGCAAUGAAUUGUAAAUUUGUAAGAGCUGAAGGUAUCGGGUCGCUGACAUAGUUAGGGUUCGCGGUUUCCCUACAAGGAGCUGAUGAAUGGUGGAGGAGUCGGUGCAAUGGCGUAUACGAAGGAAGAAGGAAACGGAUUAGGGAGAGAAAUGAACGAGAAGCGGAAGGAGCAGGAUAGGAUUAGAAAUAUUUGUAUCGUUGCUCAUGUAGACCAUGGGAAAACAACAUUGGCCGACCACUUGAUUGCGGCAGCUGGGGGUGGGCUGGUGCACGCCAAACUUGCGGGGAAGCUGCGUUACUUGGACGAUAGAAUAGAUGAGCAAGAGCGGGGUGUGACCAUGAAGAGCUCUUCAAUCUCCCUGUCGUUUAAGGAUCAUGUGAUUAAUUUGAUCGAUUCUCCCGGUCACGUAGAUUUUUGUAGCGAGGUGUCGUCUGGAGUGAGGUUGAGCGAUGGCGCGGUGGUGUUGGUGGAUGCUUGCGAGGGUGUUCACAUCCAAACGCAUGCCGUGCUGCGGCAGGCUUGGUUGGAGCGGCUCACGCCCUGUUUGGUGCUGAACAAGUUGGAUCGUCUGAUUUUGGAGCUUAAGUUGACGCCGCUGGAGGCAUACAAUCGUAUGAAGGCUAUAAUUGGAGAGGUUAACAACAUUAUCAAUGCAUUUCGAUCAGAGAAGUAUCUAUCCGAUGUUGAUUCAGUUCUAUCAGCUACGCAUACGUCAGAGGACGGCGGUGAAGGAGACAUAGAACCUGAGGAUAUUGUAGAUGAUGACGAUGAACCUGAUGCAUUUGCUCCGGAGCGGGGAAAUGUCGCUUUUGCAAGUGCUAUAGAUGGUUGUGCAUUCCGCAUAGAUCGAUUUGCGGAUUUGUUUGCAGCAAAACUUGGAGCUAAUGCUGCUACUUUGAAGAAGGCUCUGUGGGGGGACUAUUAUUACAACCCUAAGACCAAGAAGAUAGUGGGAAAGAAAGCAGCUGGAGGGAAGUUGAAGCCGAUGUUUGUGCAAUUUGUUUUAGAGCCACUUUGGCAAGUUUACGAAGUAGGCAUGCAGGGAAAAGAUGGGGCAGAAAUGCUUGGAAAGAUUAUUAAAUCAAUGGGCCUAAAAAUAUCUCCGCGAGAUUUGCAGCACAAGGAUCCAAGAGUAGUUACACAGACCGUGGUGGCCUCAUGGCUACCGCUAGCUGACACGGUUUUGUCUAUGGUCAUAGAUUGCUUACCUAGUCCCAUCACUGCUUUACCAGAACGGCUGCCAAGGCUCUUGCCGAACACUUUCAUUCCAUCGACAGUUGACGAAGAGGUACGUUGCAAGUUGGAGUCGGUGAAAACAGCAAUUGGAACAUGUGACGACAGCAUUGAGGCUCCCUGUGUUGCUUUUGUAUCAAAGAUGGUAGCUGUUCCAAUCCAAGCCCUUCCUAAAGGAGAAAUCGUCAAUUUAGAUAUGGGUGUAGGGGACACAGAUUCAGCUCAGCGCGAAUGUUUCUUAGCUUUCGCAAGAGUUUUCAGUGGUGUAUUGUCCGUGGGUUCCAAGGUAUACGUUUUGUCAGCGUUGUAUGACCCUUUAAAUCCCGAGCAAGGUAAGAAUAUGCUUGAAGCGCGAGUGGAAGCUCUUUACAUGAUGAUGGGAAGAGGCCUGGAACCAAAAUCUGAGGUUCCGGCUGGUAACGUAGUUGCAAUCAGGGGUCUCGGUCAGCACAUAUUGAAAUCAGGAACUCUAUCCACAACCCCUAUUUGCUGGCCAUUUGCAAGGAUGAGUUUCCAGGCUGCUCCAAUUGUCCGGGUUGCAAUAGAGCCCUCCGACCCCUCUGACAUGGGAGCUCUGGCUCGUGGAUUGCGACUUCUUAAUCGAGCAGAUCCAUUUGUUGAAGUCAGUGUGUCUGCCAGCGGGGAACACGUAAUUGCAGCUGCAGGGGAAGUUCACCUGGAGCGAUGCAUCAAAGACUUGAAGGAAAGAUUUGCGCGCGUUGAAUUGUCCAUAUCCCCACCAUUAGUAGAGUUUCGGGAGACAUGCGAUAUUGAAGCUGACACUGCAGACGUGGACAAGACUACAGUUGGACAGGCUGAGUUUGUAGAAAGGAUCACUCCUAAUGGGAGAUGUGUGGUGCGAGUUUAUGUGACAAGACUGCCCAAAACAGUUAUUGAGGUCUUAGAUGGUAAUGUGGAACUUCUAAAAGACAUUGUCGAAGGAGAGAAUAAGGUGCAUAAAAAUCAAGGACGUCAACAAGAAACGAAAUCUAGUGAAGACCCAGUUUCAGUCUUACGCAACAGUCUUCUUGCAGCAACAAAUAAAGUAGAGGGUGGGAGCAAAAAGAAAUCGGAUGAAGUUAGAGACCUAUGGACCCAGAAACUAGAACGGAUUUGGGCACUUGGACCUCACCGAGUUGGUCCCAAUAUACUGAUAACCCCUGAGGAUUCAAUGAAUAGACCAGAGGCUGUCGGGGAAUCAGGUCUGCUUAUCAGAGGUACUGCGCAUGUAUCACUAAAGUUGGGUUUCUCGGAUGUUGCUGAAGAAGCUUCUGUUCCUUCAAGCACGGUAAACGAGGAGGAAGUAGACCUUGCAACGGAAGCACGAAACCUAGAGUCCAGUGUCGUUUCUGGCUUUCAGUUGGCAACCGCGUCUGGACCAUUGUGUGAGGAGCCUAUUUGGGGAUUGGCUUUUAGUGUCGAGGCAUUUGUCCUUCCGAAGAAAGAAGGUGCGAUUGGAGCAGAUCAGUAUGGACCUUUCUCCAGUCAGGUAAUGUCUGCUGUGAAGGACGCAUGCCGAGCAGCUGUCUUAGCGAAACGCCCUCGCAUUGUGGAGGCCUUGUAUUUCUGUGAAGUGGUUACACCCGCCGAGCACUUGGGUUCUGUGUAUGGAGUAUUAGGUCGGCGAAGAGCACGUGUUCUGAACGAGGAAAUGAAAGAAGGCACCGCCUUAUUCAUCGUGCAUGCAUACAUGCCCGUUUCUGAAAGUUUUGGUUUUGCCGAUGAGUUGCGUAGAAAAACGUCAGGCUCUGCUAGCCCUCAAUUGGUGCUGAGCCGUUGGGAGGCUUUACUAGAAGAUCCAUUUUUUGUGCCUCGCACUGAGGAAGAAAUCGAGGAAUUUGGGGAUGGAUCCAGUGUAGUUCAAAACACUGCUCGAAAGCUCAUCGAUGCGGUUCGAAGGAGGAAGGGCUUGCCUGUGGAAGAAAAGUUGGUACAAUUUGCUUCAAAGCAGCGGACAAGGGCUCGGAAAGUAUAAUCUGAAUCAUGAAGUCAUGCAUGGAUUUACAUUUCACUAUUAUUAUGUGCCGCAUUGUUAGGAGGUUGCUAGAUAUUAGCAUUGAGCAAGUCAAUUUGGUUGCUGUGAAAAAGAGUAGUCAUUCAAUUUGUUGCUACUGCAGUCAAUCAUAAUCGCCAAUCUAUAUUUAUCAAUAUUCGAUUCUCCUGAAGCCAGGAGGUUGAAUGUACAGUUUUGACAUUGGUGUAAUAUCCAAGUUCAGAGGAUAUGAAGUAUAGCUCUGGCUAUGCUAAAAUUGAGACUCCAACUGCAAUUGGAAGCUCAUGUUUUAUUCCUUUCGCCA